CGAGAGGGCGAUGAUGAGAUGGAGAGUCCGACAGAGAACCAGGAGACAAAACYGAGCGAAGCAGAGGCAGGCGCUCAGCAAAGGGGGAAAACAGAGAAGGGCUGGGAGACUUUUUUUUUCUUCUUCUUUUUCGGAGUCCCGUUAUUAUUGGUAAAGCUGAGCUGGAGUCAGAGCGAGAGAGAGCGAGAGAGAGAGAGAGGGAACAGAGAGGAGAGAGAGCCGACGAUGACGGCGGUCGUCCUUCUCCGACUCAGUUUUGUGACCGACUGACGGACAGCACAGCAGCCGAAGAGGAAACUUAAGAUAAUCAAACCGAGAUCCGACACCUGAAGCUUGUUCCAGACUGAUUGAACAGAAAAAUAGGAUGAAGCAAAGCCACCUGGGAAAAAUCUAUGGACUAUGAGGCUCAGCCGCUGCUUUCAACUAAAACGUUCCACUGGGGAUUUGAAGUUGAAAAUAACAUCAGGGUGUUCGAGUCUCCGCGGGAACCUGAAUGAGACGCUUCACGAGGGAGGAGACGGGGAGAGAGAAGAACAACAGCUCGCGGAGGCUUUGUGAGAUAGACGGUGAUAUCGGACCACAUUGACGAAAGAGGAAGAAGUGAUUGACACCUGCCCUCCAGCUCGGCGUGAAGGGCAAAGGAAGGGAGAGCGAGGGGAGGGGGGGAUGAGGUGAAAACAGAAGAGAAUGAAGACGGUCAGAAAACAAGAGCUGCCUUAUUCCAUCCCCCGUGAGCAAUAGAACAACAAGACAAGAUGAUUUCAAGGAAUCUUCUCCUGUUGGUAUUCUUGUCCCUUUGGGAGGUUUUUUUGGGAGGAGCCUCGGUGAGCAAGGUGGUACGCAGGAGAGGGGCGGCCGGGUCACACAUAGCGAGGCGAGGGGAGAGCAAACCUGCAGACCAAUGGGACGACGGCGAGGAUUCAAACGCGAUGCCCAUGGUCACUUUGAGGAACCUGAUAAGUCGCGAGCAGCUGAGCGACUCCAGGUUCCCUCACGCCAAAAUGGUUUUGAGCAACAAAGAGAGGCAAUCCAUCAAGCCCAAGCGCGAGGUCGACUCCGUCAGUAGAAACGACGGGAUGGCGGCUGUGUUGUCCAGCAGCAAGGCGUCAAACCUGGAGGCGAGGAAAGUUAAAAACGGCACGAGAAGCGCAGAGACUUCCAACACGAUGCGGUCGGAGAAAUCCUUCGUCCAUCACAAGGCGGAAAUGCAUUCCAAUAAAACCAGGGCCAAAUCCGGCUCCAGGUCCAGGAGCAGGCCCGAUUUAAGCGCCCACACCACAGGUAUGCCCGGGAAAGGGUUCAGCGUCGAUUCAAGCAGAAAGCUCAACCUCACCGGGAGUUACGGCGUGCUUAAGCUGCUGUCGAAAGAGAACUUAGUCAGGAUUGUCAACUCCCAAAUGCAGAAAGUUCCCGGCCUCGGCUUUCCAAGCAAGGGCAGCCGGAGCAGGAAGAGAGACUUGAUUGACGUUAAUCACGAGCAAUUAGAGACUCAGAAGGAGCAGAGACAAGAUAUGGCUGCCAUUCAGCCUCAUGCUGGAUUCGAUAAUCAGACCGCAUUUCCAUAUGCGAGCACGGUUACCAGUCCAGAUCUCUAUCCCCGCCAGAACGCUGCUACUCAUAUUAAUCUGCCGAGCGACGCCAAGCCGGCUUUAAGCAAAGGGCAAGACAGCUUGGGAGCACCGAGCCCCGACGGCGGUGAUAACAAGAGCAAACACCUUGCUCGUUCCCUGUCGACACCUCACAGUGCGGCCGGCCUCGGCCCCGAGAAAGAGGCGAUAAUCAGCCAAACGGAGCCGCCGUUUGCAUCGACGAAGCGUCUCCCUGUGUAUGUUCUCCCAGAAACAAACAAUUCUCCUCCGUCUGUGCUGACGAUGCAGCCCCUGGGAGCAAGAGAAGGGAGCAGAGCAGCAGAUUCCCGCAGAGACCCAUUAACGGAGUCGGCUCGCACCGCUAGAACCGAUCCCGGCACGGCGAAGUUCCUCACAGAUGAAGACCACAAACUUGUCAACAGCAGCCAUGUCCUGAGGCUCCAGCCCGCUCCCAAGUGGAGCCGCAGCGCAAAAGAAGCCGAAGUCCAAGCCGCUGACCCGGUAAAUGGAAAUGGCCUCGUGUUCGAAGAGGCGUCGGAGUCGGACGCGGAGCGGGGGGCGCAGCGGCCUUUGGAGGGGAGGCGGUCACGCUCUCGCAGCAGGAGGAGCUGGAUCUGGAACCAGUUCUUUGUGAUUGAAGAAUACGCCGGCCCAGAACCUGUGCUCAUUGGACGGCUCCACACCGACAUGGACAGGAAUGAUGGCCGCACCAAGUAUAUCCUGCGAGGUGAGGGGGCGGGCUCGGUGUUCGUGAUCGACGAGAAAACGGGUAACAUUCAUGUCACCAAGCCCCUGGACCGGGAAGAGAAGGAUGAGUACCGUCUCAUCGCCACGGCCACCGACAGGCAGACCGAACGUCCCCUGGAGCCGUCGUCACAGUUCAUAAUUCGGGUGCAGGACAUCAAUGACAACCCUCCCAUCUUUGAUGAAGGCCCCUACAGCGCCAUGGUGCCUGAGAUGGCAAAUAUAGGCACGUCCAUAAUCCAGGUGACAGCGACAGAUGCUGAUGACCCGACGUACGGGAACAGCGCCAAGCUCGUGUACACACUGGUGCAGGGCCAGCAGUACUUCUCCGUCGAUCCCCAGACAGGGAUUUUACGCACAGCGGUCCCUGAUAUGGACAGGGAGACCCAGGACCAGUACCUCGUGGUCCUCCAGGCCAAAGACAUGGGGGGCCACCUGGGCGGAUUAUCCGGGACCACCACCGUCACUGUGAAGCUCACGGACGUCAAUGACAACCCUCCCCGUUUCACCCAGAGCAUGUGGUCCUUCUCCGUUUCCGAGCUCGCCAUCCCCGGCGCCGAGAUCGGGCGCAUCUCCGCGACCGACGCCGACCUCGGCGAGAACGCCAAGCUGGAGUACACCAUCCUGGAGGGCGAGACGGGGGAGACCUUCAACAUCACGGCCGUGAGCCAGGAGGCGGUCAUCACCCUCAACAAGCCUGUAGACUAUGAGAGCCGGAGUUCCUAUUCCUUCUCAGUGGAGGUCCUCAACCCCAUAGUGGAUCCUCGUUUCCUACGCCGCGGCCCCUUCAAAGACAGAGCUUCAAUCAGAGUGGCUGUGCUAGACGCCGAUGAGCCCCCGAGGUUCUCCCGAUCCAAAUACCACAUGGACGUGUCUGAGAACUGCCCCCCAGCCUGCACCGUGGGCCGGGUCAGCGCCGUGGACCCCGAUACGGGUCUGACUAAUAAUAUCAGAUUCUCAAUAGACCCCCAGUCGGAUCCGGAGGCCCUGUUUCGUAUCAGCCCAGAGACCGGCCUCAUCACCACAGCGAUGGAGCUGGACCGCGAGCGGGAGCACUGGCACAACAUCACUGUCAUCGCCACCCAGAGAGACAAUCCCAGCCAGGUGUCCAGAGUUGUGGUCGGAAUAGAGACGUUAGAUCUCAAUGACAACGCUCCCGAGCUCGACAGGCAGUACUCCACGGCCUUGUGCGACUCGUCCAACGCUGGCCAGGUGGUGCAGGUGUUGCGGGCGAUUGAUAGAGAUGAGGGAGGGAACGACAGCACCGUGUAUUUCAGCAUCCCUCCAGAAUCCGGUGUUGCCCUCAACUUCAGCGUCAGAGACAGUGGUGGCCCCACAGCCAGCCUGGUGCUGCUGUCCCAGCUCCAGCCGUUGUCCCGCUCCCCAUCCUCCACCUUGACGCUAUACGUCCCACUCGUCCUCAGGGACGGGACGUCGGGCCUCACCAGCACGGGGACGGUCACUGUAUCUGUCUGCCCCUGCCUGAGGGGGGGAGCCCGCGCCGAGGAGAAGGACAAGCAGAUGGAGGGAGAUUCAGACUGGGAGAGAGAGGCAGUGUGUCUGCCUCAGCAGUCCAUGCUGCCCUCCCCGGGGCUCAGCACUGCCGCCCUGCUGGCUAUCCUGGCUUGCGUUGCUACACUACUGGCAGUGAGCGCCCUGUCGCUGUCGCUGCGCCGUCAGAAGAGGGACUCCCUGUCGCCGCUGGAAGAGGACGACGUGCGCGAGAACAUCAUAACCUACGACGACGAGGGCGGCGGCGAGGCCGACACGGCAGCCUUUGAUAUCGCCGCGCUCCAGAGCGCGCCGCACAGCUCCCGCUCUCGAGGCUAUCGCACGCUCGACAGCAGGAAUGUGCGUUAUACCCAGCAAGGUCAAGACAAAGGUCGCAACUACGCCUGGCCCCAGAAUCCAGGUGUGGACCACGGCUACUCGGCACCAGGAGGACCCCUUUACGGCCGCCUCUGCUACAGCAGCCACACCCUCCCGGUUCUCCGCCGUACACCAGGUGGAGCCUUCGACCCGAGCCUGGCAGAGCUGGCGUACCGCAUUCCCGGAGCCCAGCCGGACCACUCCCUGGUCAUCCAGAACCAAGGCGCCAUGGUCGGGCCGAUGGAGUCGGGGGCGGUGUACGUAGCGCCCACGGACCUCAGCACAGGGAGCCGAACGGGCAGUCGCACCGGCAGCCGCGACGGGACAGCGCCGCAAAGCGGAGUGAGCACGUCGGACGGAGGGACUCCGAGGACCAGCGACAGCCAGGAGAGAGGAGGCGGGACGGGACCGGGAAGCAGCUGCAUGGACGGAAGUAACGAGGACAAAAGCAAUCACAAUCAGGAUCUGGACUGGGUGCAGUCAGAGACGUUGCCCAGGGAGCACAGCCUCGUUAUGACCCGCUCCGGCUCUUUGAUGGGUCAGGGUCACGCCGUCGGAGGCUGGGUUUGCGAUUCGGCGACCCUCCCCAUGGCCGGGCGCAGGCCCUCCCGCUCCGGCCCGUCCCCGAAGCGCACCGGUCCCGGCCUGCCCGAACACGACCCCAGCGGGGAGGGAGGAGGAAGCGAAGGGGGAGGAGUAGGGGAGCGGGGUCGAGGAGUCGGGAACGGGAAUGCUUCCAGAGAUGGACAAUCAGUCGGCGGACGCAACUACGUCACUGUCCUCCAGGGGGAGGUGCCUGGAAAGAGGGACUACACCAGCAGCCUGGGGAGAGGGGGACUGGAAAUGGGAAGCAACUUUGUGGUGGCGAGACAGGACAGGGAGAACGGAGGGAUCCCGCUGACCGGAACGCCGUCUGUCUUCUCAGAGGCAGCUGGAUUUAUCGGGGACUGGCGAGAGCAGAUGGGUUUAGGGGGGUACGUUUUGGGCAGGAGGGACAUGAGCCCCCAGCUUUUACCGUUCCCGGGGCAGCCGAGGGGAACGCUAGGCGGAGUGAUGGGCUAUGGGCCUAGCUGGGUUCCUGGGAUGGAGGCAACGAGAGGGCCACAGGGGCCCGGCGGUCCCUCCUUGGCACUCAGGGUGGGUGAGUUCCUACGCCUGCGUCUCGCCCAGGUCACUUUCGACCCGUCUCAGCCGCCGUACGACUCUGUGCAGGUGUACGGCCUGGAGGGGACAGGAUCCAGAGCCGGGUCCCUCAGCUCACUGGAGAGCGACGGCGAGAAGGAGGAUUGGGGCGUGGGGCUCGAAGACUGGGGCCCUCAGUUCCAGAAACUAGCACAGCUUUUUAAAAACAGAGAGAAAGCUAGAGAAGAUCAAGAAAAAGUUGAAGAUGUUGUCAAAAAAGAGAGAGAGCAGAAGGAAGAGUCUGACAAAACAGAGAAGAGGGAGGUGGAGGAAGCAAGAGAUGAAGGGAAAGACUGAAAAAAAACGGGAAAUCAGUGAGGGCAAAGGAGGCAGUAAGGAAGGGUAGGUGAUGAAAAGGCAACUAGAGGUAGAAUAAUGUGAAGAGAAGUUAAAGGAGAGAAAGAUGAAGAGGCAAAGUAAUAAAAAGAGACAGAGAAAAAUGAGCCACGGGAGGAUGGAGAAUGUGAGGGCAGGAGAGGGAGUGAUUGAUGUAAUUUAAAGCAAUAAGUGUUGAAACUCUGAUAUGGUUGAGCACAGAUACUGAGACAAUGCGGAGGCUGCAUGGGCUCGGGGCAGCAACAAUUUGUUAAACGCUCUGGACAAAGAAAAACAACCCAAACAUCCCAGACUCGAUUUAAUUCAGCCUGCACGUAUGGAAUGAGAAUUAGCAGGAAAACAAGGAGAAAGAAAGAUGCUACUUGUGUGUGUGUGUGUGUGUGUGUGUUUGCGUGAGAGAGAAAGUCUGGCUAUGUAGGAACAAGUGCAUUAUUCAGACACACCAGUCUUCGUGAGCUUAAGUGUGAAGAAUUAAAUAAAGAUAAAAAAGAGAGAGAUGAGGAGUAGAAAUCAAAAUACCCAGGGACAAUUUAAAGAGAAGAAAAAGAAGUAGUGCUGCACAGGCGACGUUGUUGGUAUUUGGAACGAUGCGCAGACGGAGUCGGAAAGUGGAAAAACACACAAAAUGGCUGGAAGGGUUUCUGGGACGAAGAGGGACCGGGAUGGCGGGAAUGUAUAGCGUCAGAAAUGAUCUCACAAGUGAAGCGAUUGUACAGCGAACUAUUACUUUUUAUUCCUUCUGCCGGGGCAGAAAAGUGAAUAAUUCAGCUUGCUUCUCCAUUCCAAAUGAAAAUGAUGAAUCAUUUAAGUCCCGCCAAAAGAUUCCAAACCUCCUCUGAGCCCCACGAGUAAAACAGACAUUGUGAAAAAUUUAAGCCGUUUAGGGAUGUUGUCUCCCACCGCCGCCCCGCCUCACGCCCCCAACCUUUUGUAGUCGAGGGUUGAUAUGUUUACAGAGAUUUUACACGCUGACACGUCCCAACAAAACGGACUGAAUACAGUAAAGCAUUGAUUGUACUACAGCAAGGUGGUCCACAGUACCUUCAAAAGUAUUUUUUUCUCUCUUGAAUUUUUUACAUUUUGUCACACGGCAACCUUGUAACCCAAGAAAACUUUAAGAUACGGCAACACAAACUAGUGCGUACCGACGAAGUGGAAGGAUUUAAAAUGUUUUCCAUGCUCCCAUUAACUCUGACAAGCUUGCUGGGAGAAGCAUCUCCACAGCAUGAUGCAGCCACUACCAUGUUCAACAGUAGGAAUGGUGCAAAUUCUGUAGUGGUUUUAUUUAAUUAAUACAGUGUGUGUUUGCUUACUUGUGUGUAAGCCUACUGAUAUUAAAUUUGACAUCGACUAUAUGUGGCUUAUGAAGUCAAUCCACUUGAUUUUAUUUAGGGGUGUCCAGUUAUAGGGGUUGAAUAAACUGAAGCCAAAUUGUUCUGAUUUUUAAUUGUAAAAAGAAAUAAAAUAAACAAAGAAAAAUCCCCAUUCUUUCAGCUUUACAACUAUGCACUACUGUGUCUGUUUUUCUUUUUACUUUACCGAUUCGUUCAGGCGAAACAAACAUUGCAGACUCGUGAACAGAAGUAUUGACCUGCAAAAUAAUUAAUUAGACAUGAGAACAAAAAACACAAAGAACAAAAAAAGGGUACAAAUUUAAAUGGAUACAUUCAGGACAAAGACAAAACACAGAAUAUAACCAAGUGGCGUCACAACAAAGUCAUUUAAGUCCCACUAAAAUAAUUACCUAAGUCUAUUUUGCUUUUCAAAAGUGAUUGUUUUGCAAAGAAAAAUCAACACCUGUUUAAUGCCAAAAGAUGAUGUAGGCAAAAAAAAAAAAAAAAAACUCAGGCCAUCAUUUUAUCAUUUACCAUAAAAUCGCUGAGGUUUGUGGUUGCGAUUUGACAAAAUGUGGAAAAAGUUCAAGGGUUAGAAAUACUUUUUCAAAGCACUGUACAAGUAUUCAACUCACAUUUUAGAAUGUUAGACAUUCACUUACAGAACAGUUUCACCUGUGAAGUCUGCCGUUUUCUGUUUUCCUUUCUAUUUUCUGUGUACCUCUAAAGCCGCCCUACAUGGUCUCACUGUACGCACCUGGAGGACUCGGUAUGCAUGACUUCUGACCACAACAAGUGGGGGAGGGGUAAUCAGUGCCGAUCACUUCCUUCUUUGAACACUUGUACUGCCUAAAUGAAAAACUUUCCACAAGCCUCUUAGUUAAACAGUAGGGGUGCGUCAGCACAGAGACUCCCGCCGUAGGCCGUCGUGUCGUCAUCAAAGGUCAUGAUGCAAAUGAGUUUGAGUUUUCAGCUGGAAUGCACUUUUCUACUGUACGAUGUUCAGCAACAGAUCAUGAACAAAGUUCAAAGAUAACACUUGUUUUAUAAGAUGUCGAUUAAAAAUAUAUACGUUGUUUGACUGUAUGUAAGAUCAUUUUAAAUGUAAAUACCACUGAAUAAUACUGCUGAAAGAGACUAUGAGAUU